UCUUCACUUAUACAUUGUAAACAUUGGCACGAGACAGCCAGCGUAACGUAUCAAUUUCAUUAUUUAUAUUUAUUUAGUCUAAUAUCUAGCAUUUAUCAAUGGAACAGACUGCACUAUGUUACUGCCUGGCAAAAAAAAAAAGUUUAUUUCACACAGGCCAUUGCAGAUGAGGGUACAUAUAGAGUAGAUCCUCAUUUUUACAUAUCUGGGAUUUAUAAAUUCCUGUGAUUAAUGUAUUUUUGCUACUUACACCAUCAUUUUCUUCCCUAUAGUAUUAAUGCUAUUACUUUACCGCUUUAUGUUGAAACAGCGCCACGUUUAAUAGCAAAACAUCAGUAAAGUUUAGAUAAACAAGAAAAGUAAAAAAGGAAUAGUGUGAGUUUUACUUAUUACACGUUACUGCGUGGGCGUGUGGUUACUGCAGCUUCAUUUCCCAUUUGCAUCCUUUUGCAAACUUACAUUUAUUGUGCCAUGUGCCACAGUAAAAUACAGUCAUGGACCAAAAAUUUGGUGACAUGAAAGCGAAAAUUAAUUUCAUUUUGAUAUUCCUCCCCUUUAAACUUAAAUUUAUUAUGCAUGAAAAUUAAGUUGUAAAUGUGGUUUUUACAUAAACAAACAGUGGAUUGCUGUGCAGUUACUAAAAUGAUUUUAAAAGCCUGUAAAUAUGGCAUCUUCGUGUACGAAAAUUUCACCGUAACAAGUGAUAUAUUGAGAUACUUCAACAUUCUCAUCUCUUACUGAAGAACCAAAAAUUUCAUGUUCAGCUUUAAUCAGUUCUAAAGAACUGCAAAAUUGGAUGGAUUUAUUGUUUUUACCAUGUGAGAUAAUGAAGUUAAAUUAAUAUAUAACAAUAUAAGCAUCUCUGAUAUUUUAUUAAUUGUGGUGUAUAGUUGUGUAUUGUUUUCAUCAUAGUGAGACAGCAAAAAAAAAAUAUUAAUUUCUUGGUUUUUACAUUAUUUUGUGUUGGUCCCUUGACAUAUGUAAAAACGAGGCUCUACUGUAGUUACACAAGACCAUGAAUGUUGACUUUGACAAUGAUACAAAGUUAGGUUUUGAGGUUUGACGAUCCAAAACAAGGAAAUAAUAAAUUUAAUCCACAAGCUGAAUUUAUUUUUAAAAUCCAAGAUGGUGGGUCAAAUCUUUUUAAGGUUGAGCUCCAUGUUAGGCUAUUUGCAUUUUUACACCAUUGUUUUAGUUUUAUUGAAACUCCUACGAGUAUACUAAAUUGUCAUGGAAUUUUUUUUGUACUUUUUCCCCCUGAAAUUAAGCUCUUUUGUUGAAAUGGGUACAUAUUACCGGUAUUUUUUAUUAAGAAAUGUUGGUAGGGUUUUCCUUUGCUCAUGCGCUGCCGGUUGACAGCAGUUGUGCUAUGCCAGUCAGUACGCCAGGUCGAGUUGGGGUGCGGGGAUCCUCCUGAGCUUCGAGGAACGUAACAAGUGGCGUCUGUCGUCCCUGUUGGUUGGGGUUUGGGAAUGCAGAAAACACAUGGUCGUACAAGUGGUAAGGGUAGAGAAAAAUAAAUAGGUCUUCAUUUUUUUCCUGUUCAGGUCUACCGCCGCUUUUCAAUUUAAUAUUUUUUACAAUAAGUUAAAUGUAAAUUCAUUCUUUUAUAACUAAGUCAAGUUAUUGGAUAGCACAAGUUUUAUUACUAUCAUCGAUUUUUUUUUGUGAUAUCCUUUAUUUGUCGAUUUUUAUUUUAGGUCAUGUAAACAAGGUAAUGAUAAACAUAACUGAGUCAUGACAGGUAUGGUUGGCUCAAGAUGUAAGUUUGAUUUCUGAUGGUGGUUGUGAAAUUUUUACUGUUUUGGAUUAACAUAAGUAUAUAAUUCGGGGGGGGGGGGGGGGGGGGAGAGAGAUUUUUUUUGUGAUAUUGUGAACUGAAAUGGAAAAAUAAGUUAGUUAUUGAGUCCUUACUUCAUUUUUUAAAGAAUUUUUGGUUAGCCUAUGACUUUUUUUUUUUUUGGUGUGUGAUCCUACACAAUCCAAACAAAUAGGUACUUCUUAAUCCUAGCAAGUUGUUAUUAAUUUUGUCUCUACCAUCUGCAUUCUUAAUUUUUGGCUAUUAUUUUUUUUUUAUUAUUUAGUUUAUGGGCUUUGGGUUAUCUCCAGUUCCCAUUUGUUUUUUUUUAACCAAACCUAUACUGGGGUGGUGGAUAACCCACUUGGUGAAGGACUGUCAAAUAAAGUCUCACCUUAUUAAGAAAAAAAAAUCUUAUCAUUAUGUUUUGGAUGAUUUGAUACUUAAAGUAAUUUAACCAGUUUAACUAGUUGGGUUAGGUACAUUAAAAGUACUUUGUGUGAACGGUUAUUAGGUUGCUACGUAAAAAAUUAUGUAAAUUGGUGUGAACAAUGGUUAAGUUACCUAGUUAUAUUUUUAAUUAAUAAUUCAUAAUGAUGUUAACUAUUUUCAACGUGGCUAACCAAACCUAAUCAACCAGCCACACUAUUUAAAGUAUUUUACAUGUUGCUAACCUAACUAACCAUCAACACUAUUUUUAAGUAUUCUGAUUUUAACAAACCAAAACUAAUUACUCAUUAAAAUGGUAAACUUUUGAAGUAUCAUAUCACCUUUUAAUAGAAUGUUUGAAAAAUCUAACAGGUAAUAAAUAAAAAGCAGUUUUAUUUUUUUGUUCAGAAAAGAGGCUCUUUUUCAGAAUUACAGAUUUAAUGUACACCUAAUCAUCUCUAUAACUUUAAUAAAAUUCCACCAAAAAUAUAAAUUAUCUUAUUGUUAAAUCAUUGACACACAGUAGGAAUAAUUUUAAAAAAAGCACUUCGUGACUUCCAACAUUUGGCAUAAACUACACAAUGUGUACAUUUCUAGAUGUUGUAUUAACAAAUUAAGUAAAUGUAAAACAAAGGAAUGAGGCUAAACGUUCGUAACAUAUUGUAAAUAUGUUUUAUAAAAAACAUUAACAAUUUUUUUUUGCCUAAACUAAAAAAUUAAGAAAACGUAAAAUGUAAACAAACAGGAGGAUAGUUUAUUCCCGUAAUAUUGUUCACAUUUUUUGUUAGGAUUUUUCCGGUGAAUGAAGUUUUAAAAAAACUUAUUUUUUGUGUUGCAUCAAGUAAUUAAAGAAAAGAAACAUAAAAUUUGGCAUAAUAUAAAAUGUGUAGUAGUUUCUCUUGAAAACAAAGUCAUCGCUCCCGCUUUUAAAACAAAUAACCAAAGAUUUAAUAAACAAGACGUAUAACUCCGUGUUGUAGGAAAAGCACAAAGAGCAUGGACAAAUGCCAAAGUACAGUAGAACCUUGAUGAACCGAGUUAAUUGGGGGGAGUGGGGGGAAAUAAGGUCAGCACGGAUAAGUGAAAAUAACGAAUAAUCGAAGGAAAUUGUAUUUAGGAUAUACAAUACAGCAAAAUUUCCUAAAUAAUUUAUACAGAACAAAUGUACAUGUAUUACUGUCACUAAUUAUUAAUUUUUAAAAAUAUGUUUAAAUGAAAUUAUUUGUAAUGACCUAAAAGACACAGUUUUAAUGAAAAAUAUGAAUUAUAUUUACAAUUUUAUAUGCAUAGGUAUGUGCAAUUGAUAGGGGUCUGCGAAUAUUUGAAAUCGAAAAAAUAUUCGCAAAUAAUUUAUUAUUCGAUUCAAAAUCUCGAAUCGAAUCUUUUCUGAAAAAAAUCGAAAUACUUGUUACUUUUAUUUUGCACAUUUUUGAUUGGCCGAUAUUCGUAAGACGUAAAUAUUAAAAUCCCGCUAAUCUAAUAAUAAGAAUUUGGUUACAUCUAUUAUGAGCUGCGUUUUAAACUUUCGACGCACGCAGCCAAAACGAAAAUAAGCAGAAAAUUACGUACUGUUUGUUUACUUCAUUCAUAAGUAGAUUCUGCCAAGGUCGAAAAUGAUUAUCGAACGCGCGAUUGUCACACACGAAUCGACGACACGCAUGCUUCACAUAAUCUUUAAAAACAGUGUGUAAAUAUUGUGUUUUAUUUGGGAAUUCUCCAAAUUUGGCAUAUUUUUAGUGAGCUAAAAUGGCAGACAAAGCAAAACGUAAAAUAAGUGGUUUGUGGUUAUAUUUUGAGCAAAGUGAUGACGAAGCAAUUUGCUCGAACUGCAACAAACGGUUAAAGACGCCGACAGGUUCGUUAGGCCAGCGUACAUUGGUGUUUAAUAAUGCGUCAAUAUACUCAGGUCGUGUCCUCAAUAUCAGAUUUUACAAACAAAAUUAUUAUCUGACGCGAUAUUGUGUACAGAUUUAUGUCGUUCUGUGCUGUAUUUAUCAAUUCGUGCGUCCAAUGUUGUAUGUAGUGAAUUUUUUUUUGAAUAAACCACGUCAUGUUGUUAACCUUCAAAACACAUGUACGGCGGUAAAAUAAACGUAUUCAGGAGUAAACCGUUGUUUAUCUUGUUCUUAAGACUUGAUAAUAAUUAAGUGUUGUAGUAACUUGUAUACCAUGUUAUUGUUUUCUUAAAAAUUAUUGCGGUAAGUAUAUCAUUUUCAAAUGUAGACAUUUUUGGAUUUAGGGGUCAAAUUAUUAUUAUUAUAAUUAGUGCUACGACGAGUGCUAAAAAGUGACUGUCAAAAUACGUCCACAUUAAAAAAAAUUCAUAAAUACUGUGUUUUACGCAUAAUCGUCGCUCAUUUUAUACUAAAAUCAAGUUUUAAAAGUACAGGUGUGACUUUUGUGCGAAAAAAAAAAAUUGUUUGGUAAGUUAUUCAUAAAACGUAUUCACAUAAAUUACGUUCAUUUAAAUCUAUGACAUAACUACAUUAAUUUAUUAGAAGUAAUGUAUAAGCUAUUAUCAGGCAAACAAACCAGUGAAAAGAAUCCACUAAUAUUGUGGUGUGUAAUACAAUGCGUUUUUGCACCUUUUACUCCUUUAUUUAUUACAUGACGGUUUAUUACAAAAAAGCAUUAAGUUUUUUCGCAUCGAUUAAAUAACUUUUUUUUUUUUUUUUUUUUUUGGCUGGCAGUCUGGCGGGAAACGACGAUUGUCACCCCCUAACAACCAGUUGUGCCCAAAACCCCCAAUGCGGACAAAAACGUCCAAGUGCCCACCCUCGCUUAGUAGAUAUUUUCUACUCUUCCAACUCUUCUUCCUGAGCCAUCCUUCUACUCCCGUAGCCAACCCGCAUGUAAUUAAUGCAUGAAAUUUUGCAUCCCGCAUGUAAGUGCCCAGGGUUUUCCCUGUGUCUAUUAAGGUUUCACCUGGGCCCAACUUAUCUAGUUUAUAGUCUAGAAUAGUCAGUGAGGGGAGUUAGUCAUGGCGCCAAUCGCUGCCAUGGCUGGCCAAUCCCUCUCCUAGCACAUGAAGCAUGCUCCCUCUCCCGCAUGGCUUAAACCCUUCAUGAUUAGAGCGUAUAGGCUUCGGCCUGAGACACACUUAGUCUAUACCUAACCCAGACCCCUCCCAAAUACACUUAGUUUUAAUUUAGGUUAGGAAAAGAAAAAUUUGUUUUGCACCGCCAAGGAGAUAACUUAAUAUAACCAAAAAAAACGUAAUAACUAAAAAAAACUUUAUAUGAGAACCUGUGAUCCGACUUUUUAUUUGCUGGUAGUUAUGGGCCCGCCCAACAGAUAGCGACACAUGGUUUCAGUUUCCACUGUAAGAGUCGCACUUCUUUGACUGUUUCAAAGAUCUGAUGAAACACUUGAAACCCAACUACAAAAUACCUGUUAGUACUACAUUUUCACAGAACAUUAUUCCAGAACUUUACAAAACUGAACACAAAAAGCUGGAAGACAUGCUACACAAAGAUUUGUGUUUAGAUGACGAUACGCAAGCCACAUGCUGCCAAAGUCUUGCAUUGACUACUGACAACUUUUCAGCAAAUAACAUUUCUAUGGAUUUGAAAAUCAGUGUGCUCAAUGUCGUCAUGGUUUCACAAUUCAUUGCUUGUGUACAUAAAUGUGUGUUAAGUGUUAAGCUUCAAAUAAAGCUUCCUUGCACUAGUUAUGUUCUAUGUAUAUAAGGUCAUACAUGUUAAAUAUAUUAGGUACUACUUACUAUUUACCUAAAUAAUUAAUAUCACAUGUGAGUCGUCCAGUUGCAAAACUCAUUAUGUCCACAUUUUCCAGAAAUUGAGUUAUUUACUCCAUGUUGUUCUUCAGUGAAAAAUACACAAUCUAGGAUAAUUGUAGCGAUGCAAAUCUCAUUUAAUCCAGUGUUAAACAGGCAUUGAAAAACCCGUACUGCAGCAUAACUCGUUAUGUCCAUGAGCAGAACUGCUGCAAUACUCAUUAUGUCCAACUAAUCAAACUGAUGCAAAACUCGUUAUGUCCAAGAGUAAUACAUAUUGAAUAUAAUAAACUGAAACAAAAUGCACCAUGUCCAAAUUUUAACACCGAGAGUGUGUUCAGUAUUUUCACAAUGUGUUCUUGAAUACUAGACAUGAAAAAAUUACGAGAUUCAAGUUGUAAGAUUGGCUAUCAUGGAAAAACUUCUCUACGUCUUAUAAUCUAUGAUUUUUUUUUUCAUUAUUGCAGUAAACAUUGUCAAAGUAUUUGCAUUCAGUCAACUAUAAACAAAGCAUCGUAAACAGUUUAUACAGUAUUAAUAUUAAUUAUGAAUCCUUUACAAGUACAGGAAGUCCAGCCUGGAAAAGGAAGAAAGAAAAGGGCAUUGAAGGACAGUUGGAAAAGAAAUGUUGCCAAGAGAAUGAGGUACUCUGCACCUUCAUUUCCACGACCGCCGUCAUGUAACCACAAGGCAGCAGAGGCGUAUCGUUGCAGUGAGGUGACGUAUCAAGAUGUGAGGAGAAUGCAUCAACGUUUCUACGGCCACCAUGAUAGAGAAGGACAACAAAAUUUUAUAUUACAUCAUGUUGUAGUGUGCACACCAAAACGAGGAAGGUCAAGAAAUCGCAAUAGCGAUUUUCACCGAAAAAAAGUAAGCACAAAAUAUUUAAUUCCAUGUUUGAACGGUAGUCACACGGUAAAUAUACAAGUCUGCAAAAAACUAUUUAUACAGACCUUAUGUGUAUCAGGAGACCGUGUUCAAAGUUUAUGCAGAAAGUUUCUGCAACUAGACGAUGUGCCUGUGGACAAACGUGGAGGAGACAAAAUAUCCAUCCGUUAUUCAGAUAAGAGGCAGUCAGUAAAGGAAUUCAUAAAUUCACUUACUGUACUUGAAUCACAUUACUGUCGCAGUAAAAAUAUAACUAGGCAAUAUCUUCCUAGUGAACUAAGCAUUAAAUCCCUUUGGACAAAAUAUCAAGACACACAUGACAAAAAGGUGCACGUAAAGUACGAUUAUUUUCGCAGCAUUUUUGAUAGUGACUUUAACAUAGGUUUCGGUUCUCCAGCUACUGACUGCUGUUCAGUAUGCCUUUCACUUAAGGAACGAAUAAAGAAAUGCACAGAUGUGCAACAGAGAAAGGAACUGCAAACAGAACUCAUCAUUCAUGAACAACGAGCAAAAGCAUUUUAUGAUAUCUUACGACACAGCAAUGAACAGGAAAUCACAUUUAGCUUUGAUUGCCAGAAAAACCAGCCAAUUCCUAAAAUACCCGACCAGUCAGCAUACUAUCUAAGGCAGUUAUAUUUAUAUAACUUCACUAUUUGUGUUGGAAAUUCAAAAGAAAGCCAGCGGAAGGAGAAUACAUUUUCUUAUGUAUGGCUUGAAGACGAAUACAAGAAGGGAUCAAACCAAAUUGCUAGUGCCCUCCAUCAUCAAUUAUUGUCCGCAGACUUAACAAAUUACAAAUCAAUAAAGUUGGUAGCAGAUGGCUGUGGAGGCCAAAACAAGAACAAAAUUCUUAUAGCUAUGCUCUGCAAAUAUCUGGCUGAAGAUGCUCCUACAUCAGUAAACCAAGUAACUUUGGUAUUCCCAGUACCUGGACACUCCUUCAUCCCUCCUGACAGGAUAUUCGGACGGAUUGAAUCGCAAGUAAAGAAAAAAUCAACAAUCCUUACUCGCCAAGAUUAUGAAAACAUUAUUGAAUCCCACGCAACCCUGAAACGUUUGGGAGAAGAAUGUCCUGUAUUGCAUUGGAAAGAUGCAGUUUCCAAAGUUAUUAAAGAGCCCGGUCAAUGGCAUUUCAAACUUCAACCUUGCAAGAGGGUAGUAAUUACUCGAACUUCACCUGGUAAGUGUGUAAUUAGGGGAGAAGUCAACUAUAAUACUGAUAUUGGUGAACCAAAAAGUGUGUUGAAACGUGGGAAAAUGUUGUCAGCUAUCAAACCGAAAGAAGAGAAAAAAGGAAUACCACUUAAGAAAGAAAAAGUUACUGAUUUGAACACGUUGUUGAAAAAGCACUUUGGUAAUGACUGGGUUGAAAUGGAUAACCUAUUGUUCUUCAAAACUUUGUUUUCACAGCAAGAAUCAUUAACUGAAGAAGUGGCAGAAAAUGAUUCUGAUCUAGGAGAAUUGUUAGAAGAAAAGGAAGGGCUGAUACUUUAAAGUUUAUGGGAAAUUACCUUUGUAUUUAGGUCUACAUUAUUAUUGUAUCUGUUAAUUUUUUUAUGUAGAAUACCCAUUGUGAUGAAAGAUGUAUACUGAAAAUAUUUCAUUCUAUUUACUUUAUUGGAAUGUGAUUGUAUGUACAUGAAUGAAAUGUAAAGUAUUUUGUAUAAAGUAUACCCAUUUUGAAGAAAAUUGUGUACUGCAGCAAAAUUGUGUUUACAUUUAUUUAGAAUAUUGUAUUUGCAUUAUUUUGUCUGGUAAUAUUUCUACAGAGUAUACCCAUUGUUAUUUUAGAUGUAUACUGCAGCUAAAUUGCAUUUAUAUUUUUUUCGAAUCUGGUAAACUUAGUAUAAAGAGUCCCCAGUGUUACAUACUGCAGCAAAAUGCAUUAAGUCCUCCUAACUGCUGCAAAACUCAUUAUGUCCAAACAUGUUUUGGAAAUAACUUUGGUAAUUUAAGUGAAAAUUAUCCACUCUCUGGUUGAUAAUUUGUGAUAUUUAUUGUCUAUUUAUUAGUACAAAUUCCAAAUUUCUAUCUGCAAUAUUUCAUUAACCACAGUUUUUUGCCCUUCCUGAAAAAUCUGUUUCUCUGGACAUAAUGUGUUUUGCAACUGGACGACUCAUGUAUAAAAAUAAUUGAAUUUUGCUAAAAGUGUGAAAUUAGUAAUCCUUGGUCAAACAAAUUUUUUAUCUACAAUAAGUAAUACAAUAUUCGAUUCGAAAAAAAUUCGAAAUUCGGGAAUAAUUUUGCAUUCGAUUCGAAAUUCGAUUCAAUUUUUAAAAUGCUGAUUCACAGACCUCUAACAAUUGAACGAAUAACUUUCCUUGUAUCAACAAACAAUCCUGUAAACAUCUACAUACGUAUGCACCAGUUACAUUUUAGUAAAGUAGUCUGUUACAAAUUUUUGCUUUUUACUUUUGGAAACAACCUUUCUUAUUUCUGUUUUCAUAUUCUUUAAAGUUAUAAUAUAGUGGUAAUGAGUGUGCCAAGUUUCACAAGGUUAGGAAGUGAUUCUAGGAAGUAAGGGCAGUUGUUCCGUAUUUGUAAUUCAGUUUAACCCGAACUAGUAUUUUCUUCUCACUGGUAAUUCUAGUCAGUUUCUUUCUACUUUUA